AAAGUAGAAACAAACGCAUGCACCCCUCUCCUCUCCUCUCCGUAAAUCGCCUUGGUCCUUUCUAGAUCUCUCUCUCUCUCUCUCUCUCCUCUGCUUUCGUCUUUAGCUUCUUAGGGUUUUUGAUCUCUUUGCCGUUACAAAUCUCCUCCCCAAUGUCUACUUCGCCGGCGCAUAUGAAGAAGUCUCUCCACGGCUUCUCUUCUCCCCUCACCCUUGGACCUCAAGUCUCCGCUGCUGUCACUGACGUCGACCCCAAAUCGGACCCAUCGCCGGAGACGCCCCCUGUUUCCAACCGAACCGUCGCGUCGCGAUCGUCUCGUCAGCCGCGCCUCUCCUUCUCCUCACUCGCUCCGUCGUCCGAGCGCGAUCACCAUAAGAAGGCGAAGUCCGACGAGAAUCCGCCGCGGAGAGAGGAAGCUCCGGCGUCGGCGGAGGAGGAGGACGAGAAGAGGAAGUGGAAUCUGCGGCCGAGGAAGGCGUGCGGCGGUUCGAAGAAGGGGAGCGGCGCGGUCCCCGCGGAGGCGUGCGGCGGAGGAGGAGCUUCGGAGGCGAAGAGUCAGAAACCAGUCGCGGCGGUGGUGGAGGCGAAAUCGAACAGGCAGAGAGGGAUUCCGGCGGAGUCUCCCGGGUUAGGCGGCGGCGGCGGGGGCGUGGAGGCGAAGAACGAGAAUCACAGGCUAUGGGUGGCUCUGUCUCGUGACGAGAUCGAGGAAGACGUGUUCAGCAUGAGUGGGAACAGGCCUUCUCGUCGACCUCGGAAGAGGACUAAGACUUUGCAGAAACAUCUCGAUGUUAUCUUCCCUGGGUUGUGUCUUGUGGGGAUGAAUGCUGAUUGCUUCAGAGUAUCCACUUCUCCCGCUAAGCGAUGAUCGGCCCAUAAACAUGUCGACAAAAGGGUAGAUAGGAGGGAUGCUUGGUGACAUGGUCUAGAAAUCCAGAAUACACAACAGUAAAAGAUAGGAAGAAGACAUAUAUCUCAAGAGGCAUUGGCUUGUCUCAUAUCAAACUUAGUAGGAACAACGUUAUAUAAAGUAAAUAUGGGUAAGUUCAUAAACUAUAUUUAUAAAGAGAGAGAGGGUGGUUGGUUCGAUUUUGAGUUUAUCGAUAAUGAAAUACAGAAAAUCGGUUAGUAUGGUGCUUUGUGUAGUUCAAUUGAAUCUCAUGGUGGAGUACAUUUUAUUUCUCUGUGUU